AGUAACUUUACUAAGAAGAAUUUUAAGAUAGUAAGAAGUGCAUUUUGGAAAAGAUUUGAUAUUAAUUAUAUGGAUGCAUUUAUAAAAAACGCUAUCUAUAUACCUAUAAUAAUUUAAAAUUGAAAUAUUAAUUCGGAUUCUAAGUGGAUUUCUCAAAAUAAUUACAAGAAUAUAUAUAUUUUAAAGAAAAAAAGUGGUUAGUAGUAAUGUGUUAGAAGAUUGGCAUUUUAGAGUUUGGAAAAUAUCUUUUGGAUGCGUGAAACUGAAAAAAGAAUUUUAAAAACACUCUAUAUGUCAGAAAGAUCUUUGUAUUGUACCUAGUUUGUUAAAUUAUUUCUCAAAUUAUUCUUUUAGGAGAUUAUUAAUACCCUUUAAACCUUUAGAAUAACAAAAUUAUUAAUUAUUGUAUACCAUAUUAUUUAUAUGAUUAUGAAAAUGCUUUUCAUUGAUAAAAUGGAACAUUUACUAAUAACUUUUAAAUAAUUUUAGAAAUUUUAACAUGAUUCCAAUUAGAUUGAUAAUCUAGAAUAGUUUUAGUUUUUUCCCCGUUUAAAAUAUAGAAUUGUUUAAUU